AUGAAAUCGAAGCUAUCAAGAAAAACAACUCAUGCCAACACCAAAUAAAUAAAAUAAGAAAUAACAAAUAACAAAUAAGAACAAUCGAUUAAUUAAUUAUAAAGAAAUAAAUAAAAUUCAUCUAGUAGAGCAAACCAAUCACAAACAAACUAGAAAGGUAUUUACUACAAAUCUAGUAAAUAAGAAAGUAUUUAAACAGUAAUUAGCACAAGCGAAAUUCAUAUUUGA